UGUCAAUUCAUAUGUAUCGAUUAACCAGCUGUCUCUAAAGUUCUAGCAGCUACGACCACACCAGACCGACGGCAAUAUGAGCAAAGUCGAAGUCCAAAACAUCGAGGACAUCAACAAUGCCUUCAAGGCCGCCGUCCAGGGUGUUAUCGACUUCAACAACUCUUUUGAUUGGCCUACGGCCCAUACAUUUGUCUACAGGGAGAUAGAUGGUGUUAAGAUCGAAGCAGAGGUUUGGGUGCGCGAGACGCUUCCGAACGGGGACUCACAGAAUCUACCAGCCAAGCGACCUAUCUUUCUCUACAUUCAUGGGGGCGGGUGGAUGGCAGGUGUUCGCACCGACUUUCCGAAGCCGAUCCUGCAUGAAUUCCUGUCAAGGGGCUUCGUCUUUGUCUCGAUCGACUACCGUCUGAUUCCCGAGGUCGAUUUUAUCACCGGCCAAUUGGACGAUAUAUGUUUCGUUGAAGGCUGGCUUCGCGAGAACCUCCAAUCAUCUUUGACAGAUCGAGGAGUGCAUGUCGUUGUCGACAGCGAUGCGAUUGUUGUGGCGGGCGGUUCUGCCGGUUCUCACCUGGCGUCUUUGACGCCUAAACUAUGGAAGAAGAAGCCGCGAGCUCUGCUGCUCAUGGCUGGACCAACCAACCUCUUCGACUGCCGCAGAAUUGGUCGACCGAUGGGAGGAGGCAAGCUCAAUGAAAUCGUCGCGCAGUGUCCCAUGGACCCGUCACCAGAAUUUAUCAAAUCGGCCAUGUUUGACAAGCCCCAGACCAACACCAAGCCAACACUCAGCAUCGAGGCUUUCCUGGCGCCCCGUGCUAUGCUGGGUGUCUCCAUCUUCUUGAACGAAGUCAUACCCGACUUCCUCGUCCUCGGGUUUGUGGAUGGAAAGUUGCCCAAGAAAGGCAGUGCCCCGGAAGACAAAGUCAAAUUCCUCAGUGCAUUCUUCGGCGACCUCAGCGACUGGCCACCAACGUUUCAAAUGGUUGGCGACAGUGAUGAAGCUUUCGAGGCCUCGCAGUUGACGCAGUUCCAAGACAAAUUGAAGCAGCACAAUAUCCCCGCUGGUAUGCUCGUGGUGCCGGAACAGUCCCACGCUUUUGAGAACAUGUCCAAGAUCGGCGACCAGUUGCACUUGAGAUACAUUCAGCCGGCGUGUGAGUUUGUGGCGCGUUACGCGACGGAAGACAGCAAACAAAAGUGAAAAGGGCCAAAC